AUGUCCACCGACGGGGCUGCGAAGAAACACAAACCUGUGUCCACUCAGGCCGAAGAGGGUGUCCGCUGGAAGAAAAGAAAAGCAGAAUUGAAAGAGAAAAAUAAGCAAUGGAAAAAGGCCAAAGUCCUCAAACAAUUGGAAAAGAAGAAACAGGAAGAGGCCACGGGGAACGCGGUGACCGAGGAAAACCAGAGCAAAAAAGGUCGGGCUUACACGGUGAGCGUGGCUCUGCCCGGCUCUGUGCUGGACAACGCUCAGUCCCCCGAGCUCCGGACCUACCUGGCCGGUCAGAUCGCUCGAGCCUGUGUGGUGUUCUGCGUGGAUGAGAUCGUUGUUUUUGACGAGCAGGGAGAAAACGUCAAGAGUGUUGAAGGGGAAUUUAAAGGUGUCGGGAAGAAGGGCCAGGCCUGCAUUCAGCUGGCCAGAAUCCUUCAGUAUGUGGAAUGUCCACAGUAUCUGCGCAAGUGGUUUUUCCCAAUGCACAAAGAUUUGCAGUAUGCAGGUUUGCUCAACCCGCUGGACAGCCCUCAUCACAUGAGGAUCGACGAAGAGUCCGAGUACCGGGAAGGAAUAGUCCUCAACAAGCCGCCCAAACAAGGGAAAGGCUCAUUUGUCAACUGUGGGAUGAGGAAGGAUGUCCGCAUCGACAAGCAGCUACAGGCUGGACUGCGGGUCACGGUGCAGCUCAAUAAGACUCAGAACCAAGACUGCAGACUGUACAAAGGCGUCGCCGUGGCUCCGCAUGUGCCGAGGACCGAGGGCGGCCUUUACUGGGGGUACACGGUCCGCCUGGCGUCUUGUCUCAGCUCGGUUUUCACCGAGAGUCCCUACAAAGACGGAUACGAUCUGACCGUCGGCACCUCAGAGAAAGGCAGCAGCCUGGACAACGCAGCAGUGACACCGUUCAAACAUCUGUUGGUGGUUUUUGGAGGUCUUCACGGUUUGGAGGCCAGCGUAGAUGCUGACCAGAACCUGGAGGUGACUGACCCCAGCGUUCUGUUUGACCUUUACCUGAACACGUGCCCCGCCCAGGGCAGCCGGACCAUUCGAACCGAGGAGGCCAUCCUUAUUUCUAUGGCAGGGCUGAGACCAAAGAUCACAGCGGCUUUUUCGGAUGCGGCCACCGGCUCAUUACAGAAUUAG